AAAAUUUGGCUGGAAAACCAUUUUCACACUCUAUUGUAAAGGUAGCCCCCCUACUCUCAUCUCUGCUAACAUAAGCCUCUCCGCCGACACACCCGUCAUUGCUAACCUAAGCCCCGUGCAUAUUUUUACCAUGCUAUUCCUCAAAUUCUCAAUCAUUUCCUCUGUUUACGCCAAGCCCUAUAAAAUCCAUGCGCACUCUAACAACCACCACCACCAACACAUCCUCCUCCGCCGCCGCCGCCGUAAUAACAAAACAGAGGUGUUCGGCGGCCGGGUGGAGGAUAACGCCGUGCGCACCCCUCAGCCUCCCAGCACACGAUAAGGUCUUUCGUAGUCAGAGAAUUUCCAAAUCAGGAGGGUUUAGCGGUGUAGUGAGGGAGAUGGGUUCCGAGAACAAAGGCGAUCACUGGCCGCCGGAGGAGACGCCGACAAUGGCGGUGCACAACCACCAUCGCCGCAGCCAAUCACCACCACCACCAGAACAGCAUCCACAGUCUGCAAAAUUGCUCACAUUGCCUACUGUCUUGACCAUUGGCCGUGUCGCCGCCAUUCCGCUUCUCGUCGGCACUUUUUACAUGGAUGGUUGGUGGGGAACAACUUCUACAACAAGUAUUUUUAUUGUUGCAGCAAUUACAGACUGGCUUGAUGGGUACAUUGCUCGGAAGAUGAGGUUAGGAAGUGCAUUUGGUGCAUUUUUAGAUCCAGUGGCUGAUAAGCUUAUGGUUGCUGCCACCUUGGUCCUGUUGUGUACCAGACCCUUCGAUGUUGCUAUGUUUGGACAAGUGUCAUGGCUACUGACUGUACCUGCAAUUGCAAUAAUUGGUAGAGAGAUAACUAUGUCUGCAGUUAGAGAAUGGGCUGCUUCUCAAAAUGGUCGACUUUCAGAGGCUGUUGCCGUGAAUAAUUUGGGGAAGUGGAAAACAGCCACACAGAUGACUGCACUAACCAUCCUCCUGGCAACCCGUGACAGCAGUCUUUCAGGGGCAGCCACUUUAGUAGCUUCUGGUGUUGUUUUGCUUUAUAUCUCGGCAUGGCUUGCUGUGUGGUCACUAGUGGUGUAUAUGAGGAAGAUAUGGAAAGUGUUGCUGAAGUAGCAAUGGUGGCCUUCCAAUUCGGUUAGGCUUUCUAGUCACCGAGGUUUUGUAUCAGACGGUUUCUUAGAGGUACCUGGUAUACUUAAAGUACCUUAUUAACUACUGAUCAACUUCAUAGUAAUACAAAAUUUCAUAUGCGUGGAUAGAGGACGAAGCUGCCUGGAAAUGUCCUAUCCAAAUUAGUUUGGAAAAAUCAGUUUCACUAUUUUGUCCUGGGCCUGUUCUAGUGUCUUCUAAAUCUCAUGACCUUGAGGUUGGUUUGUUUCACCUAGGGAACAACCAAAUAUAGAUAUAUACAUGAACAAUGGUUGGUUUCGUUGUCUUUUUAUUUCUUCAUUAUUUUUCUUAGGGAAGUUGGUGGGCUUGAAGACCAACCUCGGAGGAUGCUGGAUCUUUGAUGCUGUAGUCGACUCAACAUAGUUGUUAUUGCAGUCUUGUGAGAAGACUGGGAUUUGAAGUUAGGAAAUGUUUAUACAAUGACUAACAGACUUUCUGACGGUGAUAUAUAAAUUUUGCAUUUACUUUACUGUACGGAUUGUGAUUCAAUUGAACCCACAUCGGGCUUCUUUGCUGCCAAACAGGUUCUUUACCUAUGGCUGUGGCGAAAAAUAGUUUUGUGAUUAA